GGUGCGCACGAUAAGCGUCACCUACGCCUAAAUCUCUCUUUGUUCCUCUUUUUCAAGUUUAUAUAUUUACAACCACACGCCCUCCUCAUUCACUGACAUUUCAUUGACUUUCUAACACACUUUCUCUCUCUACUUUCUCUCUCUAAAACUUCAACUCUCUCUCUCUCUAUGGACGAUCUGCCUUCCGGUUACCGCCCUAACGUCGGCGUUUGUCUCAUCAAUUCCGAUAACCUGGUGUUUGUAGCUUCCAGAUUAAAUGUACCAGGAGCAUGGCAAAUGCCACAGGGCGGUAUUGAGGAGGAAGAAGAGCCACUGUCUGCGGCAAUUAGGGAGCUUCGAGAAGAAACUGGAGUGGUUUCGGCUGAAAUAAUCGCAGAGGUCCCAAAAUGGCUGACUUAUGACUUCCCACCGGCUGUUAGAGCAAAAGUGAAUCGUUUAUGGGGAGGGGGCGAAUGGCACGGACAAGCACAAAAAUGGUUCCUCAUGAGACUGACAAAAGACGAAAGUGAAAUCAACUUGGCAAGUGGUGAAGUUGACCCGGAAUUCUCAGAGUGGAAAUGGGCAAGCCCCGAAGAAGUCAUCGAACAGGCGGUGGACUACAAAAGGCCGACGUAUGAGGAGGUUAUACGGACGUUUAAGCCUCAUUUAAACGAUGGUGGAAAAGCGGCGGCGAAAUGUAGGUCGACUAAAUGGUGAACUUGUCAUGCGAGGUUGGUGUUUCUAACAGAACAUUUGUUACGGUAUAAGGUUUGGAAUUCAGAAGUUAUUGCACUUGCUUCCUUGUAAAUGCAUGUGUUGAUUAAAAAAACUUGUUAGGUAGGUGUCCAUUUGUUCCUGAUAAAAAUGUUUUCUUAAUUAUAGUUUAUUGCUUUUAUUCUUUUGUGGUUGUUUCUAGCCUAGUUAAUAGUCACUUGUACAUGAAUGUGAUGAUUAAAAGUUAAAACCUUCUCAA